AUGGGCCGUGUGAAUGAGGCUGUUCAGGACAACAUGACCGGAAAAUCAUUACUCGGUCUGGAAUCUGGCAUGGUCAAAAUAGAUGGCAACCCGUGCAGGUUGCAGUCAGUCUCCGAGUAUAAAUUCAUCUACGCCCGGACGCCGCGGGUCGAACUCUCCACGCCAACACACAUCCGAAUGAACAUGCUCGGCUCGGCAUUCCUAGCCCUCGUCGGCGUCAUCGGCGUGCAGGCACAGCCGCUCAGUGUGACUCUCGCACCGGUGAACGACUGCGCUGCGCUGCCGAAGUGGAACAAGGCAACCAAUAUCGCGGGCCCGUGGACAAUCAGAGUGGAUGGGUGUCGCAAUGGCACUUCCCCUCGAGGCGACUGCAGUAUCGAGGGAUUCACAGCCAGCUGCGAUGUUACACGAUCCGCCGACGAGACGGGCAUCGAGAAGGGAUCUAUCGUCAUCUCCAACCGCCCGCAGAACGUCAAGACCCAGCUUCGCUGCAACGGUGCCCUGCAGACGGUGGAGGCACUAGUCCCGUCGGGCGCCGGCGCGCUAGACUGGCAUGCCGUCGCCAUCGAUACAAACCCGAGUACUGGCGAGAUAGAAUGGGGGAUGGGAACCAAGGAUACACAGCCCGUGCAGGUAUAUCGGCAAUACGUGCAUGGAAGCCCGGUGAACGGUCUUUUCCUGGGAUCGAAGGGGCAAACAAACUGGGUUGUGCAUCACUCUGGGUUGGGGCUGAGCAACGUGGAUCGAAUGCCGUUCUGGUUCCUACGACUGCUCAACAAAGACUCGGAGUUAUGGAGCGGUGAGUUUGAGACCUCGAUCCGGAUUGAUGGAAGUUGA